UAAAGAGUUUUAAACACACACACACACAUACACACAAACACACUGAUAAGCACGAAAAAUCACUUUAAUUUUUAAAAUGGUCAGAACCCGCAAAGCGUCAUUGAAGGCGAAGCAGCUGGAAGUGACGGACCUGUCGGAGGACAGCAGAGACAGCAUCCAGUCCAAGGGAUCCUGGAAGGUAUCUUCUACAAAAAUUGAUGUUUGCUUCAGGUCCAAAAACAUCUCGGAUGAGCUGGCGCAGGCCUUCAUGGACACGGACAGCGAGGGGGAAUUCCAGGGUUUCUCCAGGGAAGAGUGUGAUUGGAGAAAACCAGUGAGUCAGAGCUCUGUUGAAGACAGUGACGACAACGGCUUUUAUUCUGACGGCGAGGAACCGGCGUCUAAAAAGAAGCGCAGCUCUGGACUGUGUGUUGCAUUCAAGUUUCCUGGCAAAAGAGGCCCCGCCCCUAAACGGAACAGGACCAAAAAAGGGAACAAAGAGGCCCCGCCCACAACCCCACCCAUCAGCAGGAAGUCCUCAGGGGGAAACAGGAAGCGGCGUGAAGCGGAACGAACAAAAGAGCUUGUUUUAUGUGCUGAGAGCCAAUCAAAACCCUCUGGUGACAUGACCAAUGUGGAGAGUCUACUGACAGAUGAAGACAUGCAGAUCCUGAGCAAAAGGGCCAAAAACAUUCAGGAAAAUAAAGCAAUGCUUGCAAAACUUUUUGCAGACUUGAGUUCUUUGCCUGAACUUCCUUCGAAAGCCACACCUACAAAGAAAAAGAAGCCAUCCACCCCAAAGCGGCGGUUUUCAGAGGUUCAGAGCGAGCGACGCAACCCGGGCCGCAAGGCGAGACCCCCGGAGCAUUUUGGGAUCGAGGCGGAGGACAAACCGGCUCCUCAGAAGAGACAGAGCCUCCAAAUCGACAUCAAGCGCCUGAUGGAGGUGAAGGAUGGUCUCGGAGACGCGCGGCCCAAGCAGAAGAAGCGGCGGCGCUCGCGCGAGUCCAUCCGUAUGCCGGAUGACAUCACCGAGGAAGAGCUGGAGAACGUGGCCGAUCGCGCCAAAGACAAAAUCCUUGAUAAAGACAAUGGGAGCACAUGUCACCAGUGCCGUCAGAAGACCCUCGACACCAAGACCGAAUGCAGGGGCAUGUACUGCCAGGGGGUCAAAGGUCAGUUCUGCGGCCCCUGCUUACGAAACCGCUACGGGGAAGACGUCCGCACGGCUCUGCUGGAUCCUACGUGGGAGUGUCCCAUCUGUCGAGGAGUGUGUAACUGCAGUCUGUGCAGGAAGCGUGACGGACGCUGCGCCACCGGGGCUCUCACCAGGCUAGCCAAAUUCUACGGACACGACAACGUUAAGGAGUACUUGGAGAGUCUACAGAAGGACAUUGAGUGAAGCGGGAUCGUCUGGCCUCCGUGUGAAGGAACCGAACUGAUCAUCAUC